AUGGGAGGAAAGUCGAAGGGAAAGAGGUCUGGUACGAGGUAUAAGUUCUCGAAGAAAUUCAGAAAACAUGGUGAAUGCACAGCGAAUAAGUUUUUGGAAAACAUAAACUACGGAGACUACGUAGAUAUUGUAUGCGACUCGACUCAACAGAAAGGUAUGCCUUUCAAUUUCUAUCAUGGAAGAACAGGGAAGGUAUUUCAUAUCACAAAGAGAGGUGUUGGAGUGUUAGUAAACAAACGAGUUAAACAUCGAAUUAUAGAAAAAAAGGUUUGCGUGAGAAUUGAACAUGUCCGUAAAUCACGAUGCAACGAGGAUUUCAAACUGAGGAAGGAAAAGAAUGCGGAAAUCAUCAAGGAAGCUAAACUGAAGAAGGAGUUUAUUUCCAUAAAGAGGCAACCUGAGGGACCUAAACCCGCUGCCAUGAUUAAAGUCCCCCCCACCAAAAUUAUCACCGUCGAGCCGUUGCCAUUUUACGAGGAGUAUUAG